ACGGUUUGUAUCUCCUUCCUGCGGCUUGCCGAAUACUUAAAUCCCUGUCGGCACCUUAUAGCAGGGCUGCUCAGGUACUUUGCACUUUGUUUCGUAAGUGAAUAAGUGCUUUUCUUUCUUUGUGUAUUGAGUUGCUUUUGAAUUGCUUCCCAUAUUUUUAUUUCAUACAAACUGAACAAUUGUGGCCCCUCUAUUUUAUUUAUAAAGGUUCAGUGUAUCUUUGCCUGCCUACAUCAAUCUGCAAGGGAGUUGCAGAAAAGCCUCAUGUUCAUCGAGCCGUGAGUCACAACCAAUUUUUAAAGCUGUUAUAACAAAAACAAAAAAAAAGUGUUUGCUUUUUUUUUCACAAGUAACUUUAAAAGUGUAGCUUAGAGAGAGGAAAAAAAAAAAGAAAAAACAUUUUCAGUAGACACAACAUUAUUCCUGGAUGCUUGCAAAUCCUAAACUAUAUUCAUACGUUAGUAUUACACAUACCUGUGUCAUAUACACAGACUAGCUUUAAAAUUGUCACAUACCAUUACCACUUUGCCUUUACUUUUAUGUAUCGUUCCCCUGACUUCCUUACUGCAGGUGUGGGCAAGAAAACUUUUCCUUUAAAACUUUUCAACAGUGGGCAUAAAAUUCUGCAGCUGAGGUCUUGAAGAAUGCAGAUGGGAGAUGAAACCAGGCAAAGGGUGAAGUUCACGGAUGAUCGGGUUUGCAAGAGCCACCUUCUGGAUUGCUGUCCACAUGAUAUCCUGGCAGGAACACGUAUGGACCUGGGAGAAUGUACAAAGAUUCAUGACUUGGCAUUGCGAGCAGAUUAUGAGAUUGCAAGUAAAGAGAGAGACCUGUUUUUUGAGCUGGAUGCUAUGGAUCACCUGGAAUCCUUCAUUGCAGAGUGUGAUAGGAGGACAGAGCUGGCUAAGAAACGCCUGGCUGAGACACAGGAAGAGAUUAGUGCUGAAGUGUCUGCAAAGGCAGAGAAAGUACAUGAGCUGAAUGAAGACAUUGGAAAACUCCUAGCUAAAGCUGAACAGCUGGGAGCUGAAGGAAAUGUGGAUGAGUCUCAGAAGAUCCUGAUGGAAGUGGAGAAGGUUCGAGCCAAAAAGAAAGAGGCGGAGGAAGAAUACCGAAACUCAAUGCCUGCAUCCAGUUUCCAGCAGCAGAAGCUGCGCGUGUGUGAGGUCUGUUCUGCAUAUCUGGGUCUCCAUGACAACGACAGGCGUCUUGCUGACCACUUUGGAGGAAAAUUACACUUGGGCUUCAUUCAGAUUCGUGAGAAACUGGAUCAGCUGAGGAAAACAGUGGCAGAAAAGCAAGAAAAAAGAAACCAGGAUCGUUUGAGACGGAGAGAAGAGAGAGAACGAGAGGAGAGAAUGGGCAGACGGUCUGGAUCAAGAAAUAGAGAUCGUCGAAGAUCACGAUCCCGGGAGAGGAGGCGGCGGCGCUCAAGAUCAGCUUCCCGGGAGAGGCGGAAGUCUCGUUCCAGGUCCCGAGACCGGCACAGGCGCCACCGGAGCCGUUCCCGCAGCCAUAGCAGAGGCCACCGACGGGGGUCCAGAGACAGGAGCUCAAAACACAAAAAAGAAGUUUGGACAAUUAGGAAGUGAGGAAGACCCUGUAAUAACUAUUACUAAAGAGCAGAUCCUCUAGAGAUCGAUCUUCAAGAGAAAAGUCCAGAGACAGAGAGAGGAAAGAGAAGAGCUCUUCUGAGAGACGGCACGAGAGCACAAAUGGCAAGUCUCGUUCCAAGAGAUCAGAAGAGAGAGAAGCUGGCGAGAUCUGAACUCAAGUGAUCUGUGUUGCACUGUAAAUAGUCUGAUAAACGUUCUACACAAAGCCUAAAUUUCCCAUUUAUAUUUACUGAAUACAACUCAUCUUUUGUAGUUUUGAAUUUUUAUUGUUUGGCAGAUAGCUGUGAGUUUGUAGAGACACAGUUACGUACUGUUUAACAGGAUCUUGUUUUAGUAGGAAUAAAUAAAUCUGAUGGAUCGUUUUCAAUACAGGCCAGUGGUUCACACACUGUUUGUCAUGACCUAAUGAUUGCGGCAGUUAAAGAGUUAAUGCUGUGGUUGGAAACCUAACCUGCUGUAAUGUUUGUAACACUUAUGCCCUUUCCAGAGCGUCUCCCUGACCCUUUGCACAGUUGGAGUUUGAGAACAGCGGUAGCACUGCUUCUAACUUUGAUUUUUUUUUUCUCUUCUGUUUGUACAUGU